UGGAGCCCAGUGGUCGCUAGGUUGCAGGCUGGGGCUCCAGGAAAGUCUGGCGCUCGUGGCAGUGGUGGCAGUGGUGCCAGCUGCAGCACAGAUGGCGGCAGAGCCCGGGCGUUCGUGGACUCAGGCUCGGAGCGCGUAUGGAGCUACUGAGGCGCUGCGGCGUGGCGCGGGACGCCGGCGGGACCCGGGAUCGCAGCCCAACGGGCCAGUCCCCGAAGAAGUCCGCGCCCCAGGGCGCCUGGCUCGCCUUCGGGGCCAGCUCCGCGCCGAGGUGGCCGCGAGGGCAGAGGUGCCAAGACUGCUGAGGGUGGUGGAGCGCGCAGGGGCCGGAGCCGGUGCGGCAGUGACCAGCGACAGGAGCGACGCGCGCAGCGGCGGCUCUGUGUGCUCCGUGUGCGGGGAGCCGCGCAGCGGUGCCACUUACCCGGCGGGCGUCCUGGAAGUGAGCGAGCGGCGGCUGCAGGAGGGCCUCGCGGCCGUUCGCGCCGAGCUGGGCGCGGGAUUAGAGGCGCUGCGCGCUGAGCUGCGCGCCGAGCUGGACGCCCUCCGCGCGCUGCUCCCACCGCCCCUUCCGUCGCCACCGCCCGCCCGCCGCGAGCCCCGUGCUGUCCCCCGCGUCGCGCCCCGAGGUCCAGCUCUGUUGCGGGCGCUUGGCGCUGUGAACGCCUUGGUCGUACCUUCGAGGCCCGACGCAGACGUCCCAGAUGGCCCUACAGAAGGCGGUGCGAACCGAGCCUCAGUCCGGAAGAACCACAAGAAAACCCCCCUGCCACUCGGGGCCCCGCAAGGAGAUUGA